UCAAAUACCUAUCUCUGAGUAUCCCAAGUUUUCACUUAAUGCUAUGCCCUGAGUUAAUUUUUUUCCCCACCAUCUCUGGCCUUUAGGUUUUAGACCACACAUCCCUUUCAUCUGUAUCAGAGCUCCUCUCCUAAUGGUCUCUAAUUACUUCAUCUUUAUUGCUUUGACUGCUUUAUAUUAAACACAGAUAAUUUUCAGAUCAUGCAUGAAAUUUGAACAGCACCAUUCCGUAAGCCCUGUAGCUUCAACAUACGCGUAUUUUCCAGAUUUCAAUGUACUAAGGUUACAGUUAACCUUGACCUUUGUUCAUCAUUACUUGUGCAGCAAUUUAUAACUGGGUAAAAUAGAUUAUACUCCUUGGAGAUAAUUCUAUCUUUCUUAAACAGUAAUUUUUUGUGGAAACAGCCUUUAAUUCUCUCUGUUGCAUACUUUCUGUUGGUGAAAUGCUAAAGGCACCUAGAUUUCUAUAUUGCAUUCCAGAGGGCUAGCAGCAUCAUAAUCUUGAACUCACAGGCAUGAAAAAGCUGUGUACAUAAUCUCAGGCUCUUUUUUUCUGAUCCUUAGCGUAUAAUUAGGCCUUUGUAAAUCUAAAGCACUCCAGUCAUCUUUUAUUAGUUUUUUCUCAUAACUUCCCAUUGAGAUGUCAACUUUAUUACCCUCACUUUACCUCAGUAUUAUCAAGAGGUCAGGCAGAUUUUAAAUUUCAUUUUUUUUUCCUGUUUGUAAUUAACAUUCCUUUUUCUUGAUCAUGUGCUUAACUUUAACCUGUGUCUGCUAAAAUGACUGCUUAGGUCAGAUAUAACCCCUCCCGACCAGAGGAAAGCAAUUACUGAACAAAACCACAUCUUGGAAGAGGUUCCAAGCAAUUGCCAAAGAAGGUCUGAGAGCCCCACCCUAGAAAGAAUCAGAUGGAAACUAAUAAGAUAGGAGCCAUGCAGUAUAUAAAAAUUGGGCAGCGGGUAGAAGAAAAACUGUAUAUACUGUUUUCUCCCUUCUGCUUUAGGGUACAUGAAAUUUUCCUGGGGGUUUCCAUGAAAUGUGUUUGCUGAGAUUUUUGUAUGCUUAUUGAUGUCAGGGAUGAAGAAGGAAGGAGGUGGCUCCCUGGCAGUAACGUGAAUGGCUGGUAACUGUGAAAGUCUUCCUGACCUGCCGGACAGGCUUCUUGUCAUUGCUGUUGGUCUUGUCAAAUUACUAAUUUUUCCUUACUUUUCUCAUCUGCCCCUCCUGAUCAGGUUGGUUUUACAAGUUCUUCCCUCAGAUCAUUCGGGAACUAGGUAGAAGGUCGUGAGUAGCAUCAGUAGGCCUGGCAGGUUUCUCAAGAAUUAAUAAUCUGAAACUGUACAUUCCUGACUUGAUUUCAUGUCUCCUGAGCCGUGAUUGUCCGGUGGUCUUGUGACUAGACUGGAAUGUGUAAUUUUAAAAACAGAAUAAUUAGAGUAUUUCUGUUGGAAUUUUUUAAUUGGGCUCUUGGAGGCCUUGUCCAUUUUCUGAAUCCCUUACAGUGGAAUUCUUGUAGAGAUACAAAGAACAGCUUAAAUUCUGUUAUCUGGCCUCCCAUUAAUGGAAAUUUCACUAACCAGGUGGAGCAUUUCCAGAACCUGAUGUUUCAGUGAGUGAUUUUGCCUUCCUCCAACUUCAGCUGGACGCUGCCUGCUGCUACCUCAUUUGGAGGCUCGCCAACCCUCAUGCUGUUUUCAGCUGAGUACACUGGCAUUACGUCCUGAUGGAUAAUCUUCUACUCUAGAUCUUCAUGUACCCUUCCCCGGCCCUUGGCCUGUUUCGGGGCCCUCCCUCCUCCAGAGGAAGCUGCUCUUUCACAAAGACCAAGGUGAUCCUGCCAGUUUGCAAGAGGGACUUUGCCUAACAAUUGCAAUCAGUGUAACCUGGCUUAUUGUACCCUCAAUGAAUCCCCAACAAUAAAAAAAAAAAAAAACCUACAAAGCCUUUCUAUUGUCUACAGAAUGAAGUUCAGACUCCCUAGAAGGGGAGGAAAGGCUGUCUCUCUCCAAGCCAACCCCAGGCUAUCUUUUCUACCCUAAAGCAACAGGCACAUUAGCCACAGCAGACUGGCCAUGUUGGUUGCCCAACAGCCUUCUCUGCUGCUGGUCCAUUUAUUUAUCAUUCGCCCUCAGCCUGUAAUAACCCUUUUCUCAACCUCCCUGGAUCCUCCCCUGGUCCUUGUAGUUCUAAAGCUCACUGUUCCAUGAAGUCUCCUGAUCUGCCCUGCCAGAGUCAGUCUCCCACCCCCACCUCAGUGUUCCCACAGCACUGUGUCUACACCAGUGCUGCUCAGCCUUCCUGAUGCCGUGGCCCUUAUACAGUUCCUGUGGGUCGCGACCCACAGGUUGAGAGCCACUGGUCUACACCAACAUUAUAACUGUAAUCUUGUUCUCACCUUCUUUGCUUUGUCCUUUAGAUAUUUGCAGAAGCCUCUCUCCUCUGUUUUAAGCUCCAGAACUCAGGAGCUCUAUCUCAUCUAGCUUUGUAUCUUUUUUGUUCCAUAACCCAACACUUUUGAGGAGACAGGGAACAUGUUAAGUUAAAAGGGCAGCACUAAAUCGUCGUGCAUAGCAGUGACUCUUAGACAUUGUGGGGCCCUGCAUAAUUUGUGCCCGUCACAAUUUUACUGAAAUUGGAUAUAUUUUGCAGAGUUCAGAAUCAUCUGUAAAUUCAACAAAUGUUUAUCGAGCAUCUACUGUGUUCCAGGUUCUGGUAGGGACACCCCAGAAGCCCGAAGGCCUCAGUUCUCAUGGAACUUAAAUUCUGUGGGGAGGAGAUCAAUAGUAAAAAUGCCACUAAGACAGUCACUUGCUGAACCUUACCUUCAGUUUCAACCAACCGAUUCUGUCUGGAUGAUCUGAUUACCUGCACUGGCAAUCUGAUACACUUGCCCAGGUUCAGUCACCUGUCACCUGUACUUAUGGACUCCCAAAGAUCCUCAAAAGAAACUGUCCUCAUUACAGGAGGAGGUGGCUAUUUUGGUUUCCGACUAGGCUGUGCUAUGAACCAGAAGGGAUUCCACGUGGUUCUGUUCGACAUCAGCAGCCCUGCUCAAACCAUUCCAGAAGGUAUCAAGUUUGUACGUGGUGACAUCCGCCAUCUCUCUGACAUAGAGAAAGCCUUCCAGGAUGGGAAUGUCACUUGUGUGUUCCAUGUUGCCUCUUAUGGUAUGUCAGGACGGGAGCAGCUCAAUCGAAUAUUGAUCGAGGAAGUCAAUGUCAGGGGCACGGACAAUGUCCUCCAGGCUUGCCAGAGGAGGGGGGUGCCCAGGUUAGUUUACACCAGCACUUUCAACGUCAUCUUCGGAGGUCAAGUUAUCAGAAAUGGGGAUGAAUCUCUGCCUUACCUGCCUCUUCAUCUCCACCCUGACCACUACUCUCGGACCAAAUCCAUUGCAGAGAAGAAGGUGCUGGAGGCAAAUGGCACAGCCCUGGAAAGAGGCGAGGAUGUCUUGAGAACCUGUGCUCUGAGGCCGGCCGGCAUCUAUGGGCCGGGAGAACAAAGGCACCUUCCCAGGAUAGUGAGCUACAUUGAGAGGGGCCUGUUCAAGUUUGUGUACGGGGAUCCCAGGAGCCUGGUCGAGUUUGUCCAUGUAGAUAACCUGGUGCAGGCUCACAUUCUGGCCUCAGAGGCCCUGAAAGCUGACAAGGGCCAUGUUGCCUCUGGGCAGCCCUAUUUCAUCUCAGACGGCAGACCAGUGAACAACUUUGAGUUCUUCCAGCCUUUAGUUGAGGGCUUAGGCUACACAUUCCCAUCCACCCGCCUGCCCUUGGGCCUUGUCUACUGCUUUGCUUUCCUAACAGAGAUGGUCCACUUCAUUUUGAGUCCACUCUGCAACUUCCAGCCCUUUCUCACCUGCACUGAAGUCUAUAAAACUGGUGUCACACAUUACUUUAGCUUAGAGAAAGCCAGGAAGGAGCUAGGUUAUGAGGCGCAGCCAUAUGACCUCCAAGAAAUAGUGGAAUGGUUUCAAGCCCAUGGUCACGGGAGAAGUCCUGGCAGUCAUGACUCAGAGUACUGUGUUUGGGGAGGGCUAUUGGGCUUCCUCUUGGUUAUAGCAGUCCUCACCUGGCUGCUGCAUCCUGUGAUCCUGCUGCUAUGAAGGAGGGGCUGAAAAUAAGGAGCUGAUCAGACUGAGGUGGUUUUCAAGAAACAUGGGUUUUUAAAUAAUAUACAGUGCUAUCUAGUAUCAAACUUUGGAUCCUUAAAAUUGCUACUUAAGAAUAAGUUUGUGGGGCGGCACCUGUGGCUCAAGGAGUAGGGCACCGGUCCCAUAUGCCAGAGGUGGCGGGUUCAAACCCAGCCCUGGCCAAAAAAACCAAAAAAAAAAAAAAAUAUAUAUAUAUAUAUAUAAAAAGAAUAAAUUUGUGGAUUAAAUCUUCCUUCCUUACACUAAUCCUAAUGGGAGAAAAAAAAGAAUCAAAAGUUUAAAAUCUGGUUUCCUGUGUUCUGUUUUCGAUGGGUGCAGUAAAGUCAGUUUGGAGCCAUUGAGGUGGGCUUAGUUGAGUUGGAAUGUACUUAUUUCCAUUGUACACACUCUGCAUCUGCUUAACAUGGACUAGAACUCAGAAUGAUAUGGGAAUGAUAAGCCACUAUCGGGCUUGGAAAUGUGUGGAAACACCAAAUUGGCCCAGAUCCCCAUCAGACCAGCCCUCUGAGGAGAUGGCAGCCCUCACAGGCAGGCACAGGGUGAGUUUCAGGGAGUGACUUCUGCUCUUUGUGAUAUAUGGGCAUUUUGCCUAUGCGACCACGUGAUUGAUGUUUAAACAAAUAGGCCUUUGUCCUACUUCGUAGGAUUCUUCUGAGGAUUAAGUUGGACAAAGCAUACUCAACACAUACAGCAUUAUUUUUAUUAGGAUUAUUAUUGUACUGUCCUUAUGAGGGUUUUCUUUCUAGAGUGUUCUCUUUGGAAGGGCUGUUGCUAUUGCACUUUCUGGAAUAUCUUUAGAUGUGCCUUCAGAGCAUGCAACUCAUGUGUUUGAAUAUACUCAGUGUUUGUAAAGUUUCGGCCUCUGAGGAUGGAUUAAGUUUAGGGAACAGCUAAAAAUAUGAUGAUUGAGGGGAGUGAUCAAGCUUACGAUGCCAUUUUUAAUUAAAAAUGAAGCAUAAACCUAAACCAGUGUUUUUCAACCUUUUUUAACUGACAACACACUUCAACCUACACUUAAACUUCUGUGGCACACUUAAGUUAUGUUGAUCAAAAAAAAAAAGUAAAAGAAUAUACUUACUCUGCCUUGAACUUGUUUUGAAAAUAAUUUAACUUAAGAUCUUUAAAAAUUUUUGCAGCAUACCAGUUGAAAAUCACUGCUGUAAACUGAUAGACCAGUUCUUUUUUACUGGGAAAUACGGUGGCUCUCUGACCAGUGAGGAAUGUUUUGAACAAUGGCAGCAUUGGCCACCCACAAGCACUGCAUGAAAGUCAUUCAGAUGUCACAAAAAGGAGACCCAUUCCACAUAGGUUGCUGCUAUAGACUUAUUGUAACAUGAGGUGGAGGAUGGAUUCCCGUGGAAAAUCAUGCUAGCAUCAUUCUGUGAGUAUUGGUAGAAGGCAGAUAGGCGCGCAGUCCCUGUCGAAGGCUGCCUGCAUGUUUUGGAAAAAGCUCUGAACUUGAUUCCAAAGACCCACGCCACAUUCAGUCUGGCCCUAAGUAAGUCCCUGAAGCCCCAUUAGAACUUAGUCUCCUCAUUCAGGAGAUUAGACUGUAUUGGGUCAUUGUAUACCUUGUAUUCCUUUCCAAGCCUCACCCCCCACUCCCCUUGGUGUCCUCUUCCUCACCAGUAGGACCCUUUCUUGGCCUCUAGCGCACCCCUUACCGAGUAGAGAGCCUGCCAAGAUACAUCCCCCAGCCCUGAUCCAGGACACCCCACAGGGGGAAAGGCACCCCCCGUUGCUGGCCUGGGAAGCCAACACUAAAAGUCCCACAGUUUGCUAGCAUCUUUUGCUCUGGAGAUUAACACCCAACA